GCCGCCCUGCUUGGCGGAUCUGCGGGCGGGGAACCUCCCGGAGCUCCCCCGGGGGCUGAAGGUCGCGCUGAGGGCGGGGGGGCCCCGCCGAGAGGGCGCGCAGAGCCGCGUCGCGGCCUGCGGGCCGCUGCUCCCUGUGGGAGGGAGCCCUGCGCCUUCCCCUUUGGCUUUUCCAUUGCUUGUGCGGGAUUCCCGCCGCGGCCUCUGGCGCUUGUCUUGGCCGUGCCGCCUGUUUUUUCCCUGUCGGCUGUGGUGACCCUGCCCCCAGCCCUGCCGGCGGAAUCCAAACUGGCAGGGUGGGAAUAAACACGGCGUGGGCGAUGGGAGAAAGAAGCGAGGUUUGUGGAAGUGAAGCCGAGCGUUGAACUUAAACCCAGAUGAAUUCUCUGUGCUGAGCCACGAUGGGUUUGGCUGAGGACAAAGUGUACACCCACAUUACGAGAAACCUCAAGAAGUUCGGCACUAUCCGAGUGGCGUCGCUGGCCGAUUCCCUGACCUGCCUGGUCGAUUCUGACAGAGAUGAACUCCUUGCCCGGGAGGAAACACGGGGCAACCAGGCAGCUGUGUUUAGGUUCUAUCAGCACCUGAGGUGCCGGAAGGGCUGGGUGCAGGAUCUCAUCCAGGCACUGCACCAGAACAACGCAGGACACUUGGCUGAUGAGCUGCAGGAAGUCUAUGAUGCCUGGCAGCCUCGACCUCGUUCCUCAGCUCCUGCUGCUCCCUCCUCCCUUCCCAGUGAUGCCCAUCCCCCUGUCUCCCCCAUCAGUGCCCAGACACCAUCCUUGGGGCCAAAUCCUGCCCCUCUGGCUGGGCAGCCACGCCGAGACCCGGCCACUGGUGACCACCCACCUGUGCUGCCCAGUGCUGCCAGCCCCACGAGCACGGGCCUGGAGGCCAGACUCCCUGUGCAGGAAUCGCUCCCCAAAAAACUCCCAGAGCAAGAGACUCCCCAGCCAGUUCCAGCUGGGAGCACAGUCCCUGUCGGAGCGAGCGGUGGGCACAGCGGAGAGGGGAAUCCCUCGCGUCCCUCCGGGGCCGUGCCGGUGCCAGUGGGGACACCAGAGGUGGCCGUGCCACCAGCCGUGUCCCCGGAGCAGGGCCGGGACUGGCUGAGCCGCCGGCCCGUGUGCGUGGACAACGGGUUUUUUGGGAAUGCCAACCACCUGCACCGCGGCACGCCCGGCCUGGCCCUGGGCAGGUCUGUUCCGUCGAGGGAUGCAGGUGCCACUCACAGCCCUGGGCAGCCCAGGAACGAGCCCGAAGAGAGCUCGGAUGUCUCCACGGAGUCACCGCCGGGGCUGGAGGGGGCCACUCGUGGUGUGGGGCAGCAGCCCCCAAACUCAGUGCCAAAAAAGCAGCCUGUGCCAAGCUCUGGGCAUGGUGAGCCCACGGGCAGCUUCGUGGAUGUGCGCAGCCCCCUGCUCAUACAGGAGCAGUUUGAUGUGGAGAGGAAGCGGGUCGGGAUGCUGCCGGAACACCCAGGGAGUGCAGGUGCUUCGAUGGAAACAACCCUGGCUGCUACCCCUGUGCCCAGAGACACUUUCCCAUCCCGUGACACCUCUGUCAAGUCUCUUACGCAAGAGAAGAAACUGCCUGUUGGGAAUACAGCCAGCAGCACCCCCUCUGUGCCAACGAAGGAGAAAGUGCUCCCGGCCUCGGCACACCCUGCCCUGGGCACAGCUGUGGUGGGCGGCUCCGAAGAGAGAGAUGGGAGAUCAGCAUCCCGGGUGAGCUCUGCCACGAGCAUCUGGGUGUCUCACGGUGAUGAGGAGAGGGAAGAGGAGCUCAGCAAGCCAGGUGUCCUUGUGUCCACGCCGCAGGGCAGCCCAGAGGUGGCUGGCAGAUUUCCGAGCUCUCAGGAGCCCAGCAACCCCUGUUCCACCACCUGCAGCAGCCUCGGCCUCAGCAGCGACCCAAUCCUGGUGAGCAGGGAUAGCCUGAGCUCAGGAGCAGCACUGCCCAGAGUCUCCUCAGUUCCUGCAGCCCCCAGAGAAAAGGAGGCAUCUGGAGCAAGAAGAGACUCCUGUCCUGCUCCGAGCUGGAACAGCAGCUCCCUGGGCACCCACGAGCUCCGUGUGGAUCAUCACCCCAGCGUCCAUCUUGGAGCCGGCAAUGACGGAGUCAGUGCCCUUGGAAGCUCCCUGAAUUCCAGCCCUGGCAGUGGCCGUGACGCUGCCACCAGCUCACCUCAGGCCAGAGUCCCAAAGGGGGACAGCAAUGGCCUGUCCCUGCUGUACAUCCUUCCAGCCAUCGGUCUCAUUUCUGCCGUGGCAUUCGCCGUGUACACCCGGCUGCGGAAAUAGUGCAUGGGACACCACGGCUGUGACACAGCCAGGGGGAUUCCUCUGGCAGCAGGAUUUUGGCCAAUGCAUUUGAAGCCUGAAGAGUAGCAGGGGGCAGUCGCGGCGUUGUUAAAUCUUUUUCUGGAAGGUUCUGCUAGAAGAGGCCUUGGUACAUGAUGCUGUUGGGUUUGGGUCCAUUCCCUCCCAUUUCCCAGCCAUCUUGGCUGUAGCCUUCUCUUUUCCUCCACCCCUGGAGGAGAAGAUCUUGCUCCAAAAUGAUCUAUUGAGUCAAAAAGGAAAGCACUCAUGGUGAUUUUCCAUGUCUUCCUUGUUUGGUCCCAGGAAGCCUCAGGGAAACGUAUACUGGUGAUCCAAAGGGUGACCUCCAGUCCCUUUGUGCAAUGCAGCCAGGAGAGGUUGUGCAGAUAUCUUGUAACAGCAGAGCUGAUUUUCUUGGCUCUGCUCAUCUUGGGUUGAAAAUGUGCCCAAGGGUGGGUGCAGCAGCCUCCACUGGACGUCUGUUGAGUUUGCCUUGGUGUCUCUGGCUCUGCUGCUCUUUCUGGGAUUGCUUUGUGUAGUACUGACCCUGGGGAUAAACGUGAGGGUCAGGAAAGAGCUGCAUCUAGCCAGCAUUGUCAAGGAUCAGCCUCAUUUCACCCCCUCCAGCCAGGGAAAGGGGUUUCUGUUUUAAGAGGAAUGUUUCAGGCAGUGCCAACUUCAAGGAGCCUUGGUCCCACAAAAGGUUCUUGGGUGUCUGAUUUUUAAGCUGGAUUUUUGGAGCUUGGUUGGAAGGGUAGGUGGAGUUCUUGCCCUUCCUGUUGCUAUGGGAUAGGGGUAUAGAAACUUUCUGGCCAGGCUGGGACACAAACAGGAUUAGCUGUGACUGCAGGGAGGCCAUAUCAGAGUCUGAGGUGCUCUGAGCUAUGGGGAGACCUUGCAGCACCUUCCAGUGCCUAAAGGGCUUGGAACAGACUGCUCUUGGGGAAGGUGUCCCUGCCCAUGGCCCUUCCAACCCCAGCCAUUCUGUGAUUCCAAAAUACAGUGAAGCAGCAGCAGCUGCAAUUACAUUGCUCCAGGUUGCUCCAAGCCCAUUCAGCUUGGCCUUGAACUCUUCCAGGGAUGGGGCAGCCACAGCUGCUCUGGACAGUCUGUGUGAGUGUUUCACCUCCCUUGCAGGGAAGAAUUUCUUCCCAGUAUCCCAUCUAUCCCUGCCCUCUGACAGUGGGAAGCCGUUCCGCUUUGUGCUGUCUCCAGGUCCUUGUCCAAAGUCCCUCUCCAGCUCUCUUGUAGCCCCUUGAGAUACUGGAAGCUGCUGGAAGGUCUGAGUGUUCUCCAGGCUGAGCACUCCCAACUCUCCCAGCCUGGCUCCAGAGCAGAGGCUCAGUCCUGUGGCCUCCUCUGGACUCAUCCAGCAGCUGCACAUCCUUCUGUUGGACACAGCACUGCAGGUGGGGUCUCACCUGAGGAGAGCACAGGAGCAGAAUCACUUCCCUCAUCCCCCUGUGUCCAGUAACUUAUUCAUCCUGAAUUCCUGCCAUCAGCCCAGCUUCCCAAAAUCUGCUCUUCCUGCUGGCAGGGAGCUCAGCCCUCUGGGGCCUGGCUGCAAGGUGCAGCCACCACACCUGGAGCUUGGCCUGUGGUGGGAAAGGUCCAUCAGCCCUCAAUGGCUGCUCCUCCCUCCCAGUAGUUUCCUUCUGCCCAAAAAUCCAAGAAGUGCCUCCAUAAAACUAAGGACAGCCAAAGAUGCAGGAGGGAGGUGCUGACUGUGGUGUGUCAGGGCUGCUUUCCAGAAGAGCUCGAGGUGUUCAUCCCUUGCUCAGUGCUGAAGGAGGAAGGGACAGUCCUGUGAAAACUCAGCCUCUGCCAGGAGAGGGAAUGUGGGGCUGCUCUUCCCAUUACAGAUAAAAUGGUUAUCACUCCCUGACAGGCAGCACAGGAAGGGACUUGCCUUCUCCACACUUGCUGUAAUUCAGGGCAGAUCCAUGAGAUCCCAAACCAGCUGCAUCCAUGCCAAGGCCCUCUUCUCUGAUGCUUUUCUUGCCUGUGAGAUUCUUCCCAUGUUUUUCCAUACAUUUAAGCAACAGCUUGUACGCUUUGCCUUUUCAUGUCGGAUUUCUCUUGUGAAACAGCUGGUUUGUCACCACCUCAGCCUGGGGAAAGCACAUUCGGAUUGCUGCUGUGAAGUGCCAGGAUUUUCACAGUUGUUACGUAGCACUUUAAAGCCUCAUUGGCAGGAGAUGGUGCAGGAGGGAGCUGUGUCCCAGCACAUCUUUUACUAACAGGCUAAAAAGCCUUUUACUAACUAUAAUAAAUUGGUUUGAUGCUUCACA